AUGGCAGCAGCAGAAAAAGAGCACCCUGCUCUUGGUCUCCUCACCCGCGCUCACGACCCAUCGAUCAGCAACCAAAUCUUCCGCGAAAAGGUCCAAACCCGGCCUCUUCUCCUCCGUCCCUCUUCCCCCGAUCCUCGCGAAGAUGCCCGUUCAAAACGACAAAAGCUACGACUCGAGAAAGCGAAAGCCAACCGGAAAUCAAAGAAGCCUCGGCCCUUGACCGCAAAGCAAAAGAGGGAGCUUGCUGUCUAUGACAUUCCGAAGGAGCAGCAAAAGUACGACAUCUACGUGCCCAUUUGGAAGUUGUGGUCUUCAUACAUGCGGGACAUACUGAACAUGGACAAGUCUCGCCAUGUGAAUGCUAUGGGUGUUGGUCCUCUACUUGCGAGUGCAGACUAUCACGGCGCCAUGGUCGAUGUUGUCAGAUGUCGCUGCGUCGGAAGAGUUGGAAUCAGAGGCAUCGUCGUCAAGGAUACAAAGUUCACAUUGGAAGUCGUUACUCAAAACAACGAGCUCAAGACCAUACCCAAGGAACACACCAUCUUCAGAUUCGAAGUACCCUUUGCCGAACAAGACGACGACGGUGACAGCCAAAUGGCGGAACCACGCAAACCCUUUAUUUUCGAACUCCACGGUUCUCAGUUCGAGAACAGACCGGCAGACCGUGCAAACAGAAAGUUCAAGCAGCACAUUGAUCCAGACUUGUGA